AUGGCAUUUCGUAAAGCACGACCCCCUAAUCAAACAACUUAUAGAUCAGCUACGAAUAAAGAACUCGAGCUAGAGCAAAUUAACCAAGAACUUCAGGAGGUAUUACAAUCAGAGGUAGCCAUCAACAAAUCGAAUGAGAAAUAUAUAAAUGAGCUAGAGCGCAAAUAUACCAGAUGUGAGAAUGAAAUUCAAUCCCUCAAUAAAGAACUGGAACAGCUCGAGAAUGCUUCAGAGGAAGAAAAGGCCGAGCAUAGAUUCAAAGUUAUUUCUUCUCAAAGAAGCUCUCCAAGUUUAUAUAAUUCAGAAGAGGAAGAUAUAGAUAUGGCGAAUCUUGAUCUUUUUAUACAAAUCAAACAGGGCUUGUAUCGUAUUGAAAAACAUCUUAGAGGUGGUACACCAUUAAAUAAUCCUAUCAAUAUUAUAGAAGUACGAGAUACCUUGCAAAAUCAUGUUAACCGACUUACACUAGAGCAUAACAAUUUUCAAAAUAAUCUUGCUUUAAUAACUACAGCUUAUAAUAAUGAGCGAACAGAAUGUCAUAGAUGGAGAGGGAUCGCUCAGCAAUUUGAAAGAGGAAUGCAGAUGCGGAUUAAUACUUUAUUACUUGACAAAUUUGUACUAAAUUUUAAACUCCGGAGGUGCCAAAGACAUGGUAGAGAAUUGCAACAAAAAUAUGAUAUGCGGGGGUAUUUGUGGCAUAAUGUUACUUUGGCAUUAGAAGAACAAUCUAAAAUCAGGCAUCUUGGUGCUAUCAAUGAAUUAGCUAAUAAUAAUGCAUUGCGCAAUAUCAAUGCUAAUAAGUUUAGAGGCGGAGCUCUUCAAAUAAGAAAUACAGUUCCAGCUGACAACAAUGCAAUUGCUACACCAUUGACUAAACAGAAAGGUGUUGCCACCUCUAGUAAGUCUCAAAAUAAAGUGACUACCCUUGAGCAGAAUAUUCGUCAAAUUUUGUUAGAUAUGCUUGAAAAGGAUAUUAUUAUUGCUGAAUCUAAGGCUAAGAAUAUUACGAAAUCCAAGAAAAUCAAAUCACUCAAGUCUAUGAUCAAGAUAUUGGAAGGUAAGUUAUCUUUAGCCUGGAAAGAUGUGAUUUCGAUUCAAAACAAUGCAUCAAAAAAAGAGGCAUAUAGUGCUUUGUUCUACAAAUCCGAGAUAUUAUCCCUUAAGUCUAAAAUGGCUGAAGUGGAACAUGAGUUAGCUUCAAAAGUUAGUGAACUUGA